GCCUUUGAGACGGUGGGCAAGAGUAGCAAGAUGCUGCAGCACAUCGACUUCCGCAUGAGGUGCAUCCUGCAGGACGGCCGAAUCUUCAUCGGGACCUUCAAAGCCUUCGACAAACACAUGAACCUUAUCCUGUGCGACUGCGACGAGUUUCGCAAGAUCAAGCCCAAGAACACCAAGCAGCCCGAACGAGAGGAGAAGAGAGUCCUGGGUUUGGUCCUGCUUAGAGGGGAGAACCUGGUCUCCAUGACAGUAGAGGGCCCGCCGCCUAAAGAUACGGGCAUCGCUCGCGUCCCUCUGGCGGGUGUGGCUGGAGGUCCUGGUGUGGGUCGGGCGGCAGGCCGCGGUGUCCCGGCCGGCGCUCCCAUGCCCCAGGCCCCUGCUGGCCUGGCGGGUCCCGUCCGGGGAGUGGGCGGUCCUUCACAACAGGUGAUGACACCACAGGGUCGGGGCACAGUGGCCGCUGCCGCCGCGGGGGCCAGCAUCGCUGGGGCUCCCACGCAAUACCCACCAGGACGAGGUGCCCCGCCGCCCAUGGGAAGAGGGGCUCCACCUCCGGGCAUGAUGGGCCCGCCCCCAGGCAUGCGCCCACCAAUGGGUCCACCAAUGGGCAUGCCCCCGGGCAGAGGCGCUCCCAUGGGCAUGCCCCCUCCUGGCAUGCGGCCGCCACCGCCUGGCAUGAGAGGACCGCCACCUCCCGGCCUGAGACCGCCCCCUCGUCCUUGA